CACUUCUAGCUUUUGUUGUAAUGUGAAAGCAAGUUGUUCUUGUUUCCAUGUUGACUCCGCUCCAUUUGCUAACGGGGUAGGAACUCUUCUUAAAUACACUUUGUCAUUCGGAACAAUAAUAAUCGGAGGACAAACAUGGCGGCCCUCUUACUACGGCUCGGACGGGCUCGGUCACUCAAGUGUUUCCAGCGGGAGAGCUGGGCCGCUUUCCAAAGGACUCCAGCGGUAACUUUUGCCACCAACGUGGAUGAGCCCAAGAAAUCCGGAAAGAAGCCUAAAGCUGCUACUGUAGAGGGCGCUGAUGAGCAGGGUUCCCAGCUUGCCUCCAAGACAUUGGUGGCUUUUCCCUGUAAGGUUGUCCUACCUGCAGUGCCUCCAGUGAAAGCUUUAGGUAGCUCUUCCCCAGGUCAGGGGUCUGCUGCCACCCACCAGUCUGACUCCUCAUCCACAAGUACAGCUUCUGUCAUCGGUGAAACUGUGACUUCGGAAUCUACUCAUCUGGCUAAAGCGGAGACUCUCAGCAGUGCUGCUGCCUAUGAACCAGGCAUUGUCACAAAGUCCACUGGCGCUACAAUAACAGAACCAAUUUCUAAAGCUACACUCAAUGAAGAUGGAACCUCCGGAAGUUCCUCUUCCUCCAGUGACUCUGAUUCUGACUCUGACUCUGAUGAUGAGAAGGGGGAGAAGGCCGAACCACGGGCAGAUCCCUCAAAGAAGCCAGAGGGGGGUGUUUCAGCUCCUAGUGAUGCUGUCACUGGUGAUAAGGCUCAUAGCCCAGGUCCUUCUCAGAGCACUCGCAGCUCUGCUGUUGCAGAUGCGUCGCCUGAUAUUACCCCUGGAGCCUCUUCAGAAUUUCCACUGACAGCUGCCAAUUCUGUCACCAGCAAAGCUCAAUCAGAAGAAACCUCUGCUGUACCUCUGUCCAAUGUCAAGGUCACAGAAGAAAAAUCUUCCAAAAGUGGUAUGAAAGAAGCUAAACCUUCCAGUCCAUUUGGAUGGGAAACUGGAGCCUCUGCUGAUGAACAAACAACUGCUAUGAGCUCUAAGAAGCUGGGUGAUUCAGUCUCAGUGGUAGCAACCCCCAAAGAUCCUGCUGCCCCAGGAGAGGGCAAAAAAGCUGCCCCAGGAGAGGGCAAAAAAGCUGCCCCAGGAGAGGGCAAAAAAGCUGCCCCUGAAGCCGCCCCAGGAGAGGGCAAAGGAGCCGCCCCUGAAGCCGCCCCAGGAGAGGGCAAAGGAGCUGCCCCAGGAGAGAGCAAAGGAGUUGCUAGCUCGGAAGGGCUGGUGGACCCUGCCUCUGUACUGUCUGAAGCUGCAGGAAAGGAGAUGAAGCCUGAAGCUGAGGCUGAUGCCUUGCAGUCACCUGAUGAAGUUGCCCCCUCACCUCCUGAGCCUGAACCUGAGCCUUUUGACAACAGCACCUACAAGAACCUGCAACACCACAGCUACCACCAGUACACAUUUGUGGACAAUGAGGUGGAAAUGGCAAAACACCGGCUGCCCCAGCCCUCAUCUGGCCGGCCUUCUCCUCGCCACUGAGACGGCGUGGGAUUUCCACAGCAUGCCAGUGCAUGCAUAGAGCUCUAUAGUAACUCACAGGCUCCUCAAAGAUCAUAAUUACCAAUAAAGAUAAUUUAAGUAAA